GCCUGAUUAGAUAUUUCAGGCGGCAACUUCGUCGGCGCCAAGCACGGCCGCCGAGGCAAGCGCGUAAGGACAAGAUACAGAGCCGGCGAGAGCCGUUGCCGACAUUGUCCCCUUGUGGGCCCACCUGCAGUGUCCGUUGGGCAGAUUCGGUUCCCUUUGUUUCCCUGUUUGGGCCGCGCCGUCUAUAUAAGUCAACUGACCGUCUUCACUUGGUCACCCUCCCGGCCCAUCAAUACAUUACAUUACGCAAAAGCAGAGGCGAGGAGAGCAGAGUCACAGAGCUUGGUGCUUGAGGCCCUGUUGACUGAAGUAAUCAAGAGUGAGAAAAGAAUGGCACGCAGCCCGGCUCAUGUCGCUCUCUGUCUCUGGUCGCUUGCUCUUCUGUUUCCAGCUGCGCGGUCGGCGACGUUCACGAUGACCAACAACUGCGGCUACACGGUGUGGCCGGGCCUCCUGUCGGGCGCGGGCACGGCGCCGCUGCCGACGACGGGGUUCGCGCUGGCGCAGGGGGCCUCGGCAACGAUUGACGCGCCGGCGAGCUGGUCCGGGCGCAUGUGGGCGCGCACGCUCUGCUCCCAGGACGCCGCGACCGGCAGGUUCGUCUGCGCCACGGGCGACUGCGGCUCGGGCGUGCUCCAGUGCAACGGCGGCGGCGCCGCGCCCCCGGCCUCGCUGGUCGAGUUCACGCUCGACGGCUCCGGCGGCAUGGACUUCUUCGACGUCAGCCUCGUCGACGGCUACAACCUCCCCAUGCUCAUCGUGCCGCAGGGCGCUGCCGCGGCCUCUGCCGCCGCUGCCGCCAAUUCCACGGCCGGCGCCGGGCCCAAGUGCAUGGCCACGGGGUGCCUCGUCGACCUGAACGGCGCGUGCCCGGCCGACCUUAAGGUCAUGUCGACGGCGGGUGCCAGUGCCAGCGCUGUGGCAGCCGGGAGCGCCGUGGCGUGCCGGAGCGCGUGCGAGGCGUUCGGGUCGCCGCAGUACUGCUGCAGCGGCGCCUACGGGAGCCCCAACACGUGCCGGCCGUCGACCUACUCGCAGUUCUUCAAGAGCGCGUGCCCGCGCGCGUACAGCUACGCCUACGACGACUCCACAUCUACCUUCACCUGCGCUGCCGGCACCAACUACGCCAUCACCUUCUGCCCGAGCACCACCAGCGGGAAGUACAUCGACGAGAACCCGCAGGCAGCCGUCAUGCCGCCCCCGAACGGGACGAUGGUCUACGGCAGCGGCGAGCUACUCUCGACCGGCGGCGGCGCCUCCAUUGCCGCCCAUGCGUCACAGCUCCUCCUCGCCGUCGGCGUCGCAAUCGUGCUCCUCUAAGCGGCAAUGCACGCGCAACGGGUAGUGUCCUUAACCGGCGCGGCUCUUCUGCCGUGACGGAAGCAGAGAUAAACACUCGGGCGAAGGCCAAGAAAAGGGCGGCGGCCGGCGGGGCGGCCAAGAUCCAAAAGCAGAGAUGAGUACUGACCGAUUAAACAAAAAUAUCUGCACAUGGAUCGCAGCCUUCCAGAGGGCUAGAUAGCUUUAUGUCAGGCUUAGGAUAAGUAGUUGGCUAACCUUUAUUACCUUGUGUAAUUUGUUGAGCGGAAAUGAUAAUGUAUUCAUUGAAGAGUAGUUUCAGCACCAGGGGAGGUAUACCUUUACUCCUUCCUCAGGUUAACGUUUCUUCCAAGUUACGCAUGUUUAUUCUGCUUUGACUUCAGACCACAUGAUAAUACACUGUGAAUCGACGA